AUGAAGUCCUACAUCGCACUUGCCUAUCUUGUCGGUGCUGUUCUUGCAGCCCCCCAGCCUGCUCGCCCCCAGCUGCAAGAUGUGCCUGGCGGCCCGAAGCCCUUUAUUGAGAAGCCCGCACCUAGCCAGGCCUGCAUUCGCAGCGAUGCUACCCUGUUAGACUCUACGGUUCAGACUGAGGAGUGCCUUGGCACCUAUCAUUACUGCUAUGCCGAAGUUUACGAAGAUAACGGAGAGCACUUUGCCGACUGGGAGGCAUGCUUACAGUCCCGAGGCAAGGCCCUUAAGACCAAUGAGGAGACUGCACCCCCCCAGCAGCGGGGUGUGGCUGUUGGCGGCUCCAAGCCCUUUAUCGAGAGGCCCGCCCUUAGCCUGGCCUGCACUAGCAAAGAUUUUACCCUGAUGGAAUCUAGGAUUCCGACUGAGGAAUGCCUUGGCACACGUGCUUACUGUAAUGACGAGUAUUACAUUGAUAACGGAGAGGACUUUGCCGACAGUGACGAAUGCCUUCGGUCCAGAGGCAAGGACCCCAAGACCAUUUAG